AGGGUUUUACUUUGAAGAAAGAACUGAGUAUUGCACAGAAACUAUCAACCAAUAAUCAAGCUUCUAGAUUCUUGUCAGGAUUCUUAUCAAGAAGAAAAACGCAUACACUCAUACGCCCACACACACCCACCACAAAAAACAAGCAAACCAGAAAGAGAAGCCGGUCAGAAUUAAGCAUGGAGCAGGAAGAAGCAGAGCCCCAUGUUCUGAUGUUUCCCUUUCCAGCCUUAGGACAUGUCAACCCAAUGCUCAAACUUGCCGAACUUCUUUCCCUCUCCGGCCUCCGAAUCACCUUCCUCAACAUCCACCGUAUCCACCAAACCCUCGUUCUUCACACAAACCUCCAAUCUCGUUUCUCUCGAUUUCCCAAAUUCCGAUUCCAAACCAUCACCGACGGCCUUCCCCCUAACUACACCGGCGGCUUGACCAAGCUCUCUGAAUUGACUCACAGCAUGGAAGCCGUAACCAAGCCCCUUCUCAGACAGAUGCUGGUCUCUCGUCAACUGGGUCCCAUUCCGACCUGCAUAAUUCUUGAUGGGUUUUUCAGUUUCAUGGUUGAUGUUGACGCUGAGCCUAAAAUCCCAGUUUUCUGUUUUCGUACUGUCAGUGCUUGUUCUUUUUGGGCUUAUUCAUCUAUUCCCAGACUCAUCGAAGAUGGUCAGCUGCCUGUGAAAGGGGAAGAGGACAUGGAUAGAAUGAUCGAAGGCGUGGCUGGAAUGGAAAAUAUUCUCCGAUGCAGAGAUCUUCCAAGCUUCAGCCGAGUGGGGGACCAAACGGAUCCGAUCCUUCAAUACAGCGUGAACCAAACCAUACAAAGCUCUAAAGCUCACUCUCUGAUAUUGAACACAUUUGAGGACUUGGAAGGCCCCAUUCUAUCUCGUCUACGGAGCCGAUGCCCAAAUGUCUACGCAAUCGGACCUCUUCAUGCCCACCUGAAAUCAAGACUAUCCGGUGAAAUAACUCGGCCGGAACCGGAGUCUUCGAACGGCUAUUGGAAGGUGGAUCGGAGCUGCCUGGCAUGGCUCGACGCUCAGCCUUCGAAAUCUGUCGUCUACGUUAGCUUUGGAAGCGUUACGGUCAUGGGGGAUCGCCAAUUUAGGGAGUUUUGGCACGGAUUGGUGGAUAGUGGGAGGCGGUUUCUGUGGGUUGUGCGGCCCAAUUUGGUGGGCGGAAAAGAUGGGGAAAAUGGGAUUCCAGCGGAGUUGGUGGAGGGGACGAAGGAAAGGGGGUGUAUGGUGGGUUGGGCUCCGCAAGAGGAAGUGUUGCGACAUGAAGCCAUUGGAGGGUUUCUGACUCACUGUGGGUGGAAUUCGACAUUAGAGGGAAUAGUGAGCAGCGUGCCAAUGAUCUGUUGGCCUCAAUUUGCAGACCAGCUGACGAACAGCCGAUACGUGAGCGAGGUUUGGAGAAUUGGGGUGGACAUGAAGGAUGUUUGCGACAGAGAGAUAGUGGCUCGGAUGGUGAAUGAUGUGAUGGAAAACAGGAGAAAUGAAUUGAUGGGCUCUGUUAUUGAGACUGCAAAAUUGGCUAAUACAAGUGUGGAAGAAGGUGGAUCGUCCUUCCGUGAUUUGGAGCGAAUGAUCAACGAUAUUCGAUUGCUUUGGAGGAGACGCAUAAAGAGGUCAUUUCCACCCGCUUAGCAUAUUUUUUUGUUCUCUUCCAUUGAGAAUGCAAUUGGAAUGGAACCCAAGUAGCCAUGUGUUGGGCAAACCUGUUUUGGUCGUCUCCUACAUUUGUCCACCAUCUUUAAUGGACACAUGAUCCUCCAUUACAUUUUUCAAAGUAGGAGCAAAGUCUUUAGUCUAAUCUUUGGGAGAAGAAAGUUUUGUUUACUCAAGCAUGAGUUGGACCUCAUUAUUGGAAUUAGACAUGACUGGCCAAAGGUGGCACGGGAAAGUGUUUGUAGUGAUGGUAGACUUAGAAUUAGGUAUUUCGAAGGAUGAUAUGACUAUGGGAUGGUUGGUGAUCGCUCAACAAAUUCCACACCUAAUAUCUUAACCAAACGACACAAAUAGACUUCAAAUGCUUCCAGCUUGAAUCUUUUUCUGAAAUCUAGCUUAGCCUAUUAUAUUGGUUCAUUUCUCAAUUAUUCCUACAAUUUAGGCUUUAAUUAUUACCACAAAAUCACUGUCUUAUUUUAAUCUUCUGGACAGAGAACUGAUGGUUGUUGGUUCCAGAAUUGUGAAUGAUGAACACAACAGUGAGCUCUUUGUCUUUGAGAAAAAUGUAUCUCCAACAAGAACGCCAAAUUGCUUUAUUAUCUGAUUAACAAGAAAAGUUAGAUCAAGUCAAUUGCUUCAAGUCCUUCCUUUUCAGUUGUGAAGCUUGGGCUUAUGAAUACUUAUGAUCCUUUCUGUAUACAAUAUUGGACAGUCGCCUUUUUUCUUUCACCUAUUGA